AUGUCUCAGCUAAGAGACAUCAAGGCCCAAGCAUUGGAAGCUGAGAAGGAUGUACGCUCAGCAUCGACUCAGAAAGAGGAGUUGCAGGCUGCAAUUAACGCCGCGGAACAUUAUAUGAAUGCCCUCCGGCUGGUUAAUGACCCGGUCGAAAAGAGGCUGUUUGACUCAAAGUGCAAGGAAUAUCUCACUUUAGCUGAAAAUAUCAAGCAAUCUAAGGAUGGAGGCCAGAGAAAUAUCCCAGUGAUACCCGUAUUGCAGCCGGCGGCCUUAGUGGACAGGGAACCAACUUCUACAAGAACCCAGUCUAAUCGUGAACAGAUUAUACUACUCGAAAACUCCAAGCUCAAUGGAUUUGUUUUCCCACCUUGGUCAAUGACAGCUAUUUCCGAUCUCAGGGAAUUUCAAGUUGACGACGAGGGCGAGUUAUUUCUUGAUGUUUCUGAUCUCCAAAUAUGUCCUGUUCAGCGAGAGAUAUUUGAUGGCUGGAAACGGCCCGCUGAAAUCCUGGGCCAUCAUACGUCAGGCUCCCCGAUUUUACUAGGUCCAAAUCCAAUGGACCUAGUUCAGGAUGUAACCACGGACUGCUCUGUUGUGGCAAGUCUUUGCACAGGAGCAUCGCCGUGGAAGGAAGGAGUUUCUCAGCUCGUUCGUUCUAUACAAAUGUACCCCUCUGAAGACGGUAAAGUCCCAUGUAUUUCUCCUUCUGGGAAGUAUAUUUUCCGUUUAUAUUUCAAUGGCUGCUACCGAAAGGUCAUUAUUGAUGACAUGCUUCCUUCCUCCAAAACUCUACGAUCACUCCACGUGAUUGAUAGGAACAACCCUACGGCCAUAUGGCCCGCCUUGGUUGAAAAGGCAUAUCUGAAAGUAAGAGGAGGUUAUGACUUUCCAGGAAGCAACUCUGGGACUGACUUAUGGGUUUUAACUGGCUGGAUUCCUGAGCAAGUCUUUUUGCAUGACGAUGAACUGGCACCCGGUCAUCUCUGGCAGCGUAUUACCAACUUCUUCCAGUCGGGAGAUAUAUUACUAACCCUAGGUACUGGAAAGCUGACAGAGUAUGAAGAAAAUGAGCUUGGUCUUAUCAGCCUACACGAUUAUGCAGUUUUAAGCUUGCAAGAGAGAGAUGGAAUUCGUCAAAUGCUCAUAAAAAAUCCAUGGGCCGCGGGACCUGUAUGGAAAGGAGUCGGUCAACUUAGUGAGAACUAUGUUUUUAGUGAUGGCUCUGAGCAUGAAACGUCACAUCCCUCAACCACCGCUCCAGGCACAUUUUGGAUGGCCUUUGAAGAUGUCCUCCAGAAUUUCGAUAACCUGUAUCUAAAUUGGAAUCCCUCUCUAUUCCGCUACCGCCAGGAUAUCCAUUUUCGCUGGGACUUGUCAUCUGCAAGCAUAGUUCCGGGGUGCUUCGCGGGAAAUCCCCAAUUUGCUGUUUCCACUAAAUCUGGAGGAACUGUAUGGCUUCUCCUUGGAAAGCAUUUUAAAACUGGAGACUAUAAAAAGAAUACAAACCAACUGUUGGAAGUGGCUCCUGAUGCUGACCAAACUGGGUUCAUCAGCCUUUAUGUGUUCGAGAAGAAAGGUACUAGGGUGUAUUUGGCAGACGGGGCUCUCCGGCGUGGGCCUUACGUUGAUUCCCCGAAUACGGUGAUGAGGCUUGAGAUGCCGCCAAACUCGACCUAUACCACCGUCGUGUCAGAGCAAUCCCAUCAGAGAUCACUCUAUAGCUUUUCUAUCUCUGCAUUUUCUAUGUCUCCGAUUAGUAUCAAUCCCGCGAAAGAAACAUAUUCUCACGUCAAAAAGUUAUCAGGAGCCUGGACUACAUCUACAGCUGGUGGUAAUGCUGAAUCCGAAAGAUAUCCUGAAAACCCCCAGUUCCAAAUACAGAUCCUCGAGAAAUGCGAUGUCAAUAUUCUUCUGGAAGCAGAAGAUCCUGGCCUCGCAGUUCAUGUGAGCCUCAUUUGGUCAAACGGGGACCGGGUUGCAUGUGUUCGCUCACGAGAUAUAGUAGUUGGUAGUGGUGAUUACCGCCGCGGCGUCGCUUUGGCUGAGAAAAAAGAUGUGACAAAGGGGAUGUACACCAUUGUUUGUUCAACAUUCACGCCAGACCAACUGGGAAAUUUCACAUUGUGCGUUUCUAGCACCUCGCCCUGCUAUGUCAGGCAACUGCCAGCAGAAGGGGCGGGCCAUUUGGUUAUGAACUCUGGCAUCGGAGUCUUCCCUCCAGGCACGGAUCGGAUUUUGGCUCCGAUUUCCAUCCCUCGCCUGGCACGGUUGAAAUUAAUAUGUCGACGUCGUGGAUCAUCAAUUGGAGAUCGCAAUGCCGCUCCAUCUCCCAUCCUUAUGACUGUAGAGCUUGGGCAAGGACCAUAUAAAGAAAUUCUUGCUGGGUCUGGGGAUGGCAACUUUAGUGAUGAUGUUAGGGGCGCUCGCAUUGAAUCGGUGGACUUACAGCCAGAAUUUGAACGGAGAGGGGGAAUAUGGCUUGUUGUUGAACGUAUUGGCGGGCCGGGUGGUCAGGUUGAAGACCGCAUCGAGGUAGAAAUUCUGUCAGAAGAGCGCAUUGGGAUAGGGUCCUGGGGUAUUGGUGAUGGAUGA